AGCCCUCCUCCAAAUCCCAGCUCCCCUCCCCCAUCGGUUUCUCCCCUCCAGGGCAUGGAGGCUGAGAGACCCCAGGAAGAAGAGGAUGGGGAGCAGGGCCCCCCUCGGGAUGAGCAUGGCUGGCCCCCUGUAAACACCACCGUUCGACCUUGGCGAUCUGCUCCUCCAUCCCCUCCUCCAGGGACCCGCCACACAGCCCUAGGACCCCGCUCGGCCUCCCUGCUCUCCCUGCAGACUGAGCUCCUUCUGGACCUAGUGGCUGAGGCCCAGUCCCGCCGCCUAGAGGAGCAGAGAGCCACCUUCCAGGUCCCCCAGGGUCCCCCAAACCUAGCCCCAGCCCCACCCCGGCCCCAGGAGGACAAAGAACAGCUCUACAGCACCAUCCUCAGUCACCAGUGCCAGCGGAUGGAAGCCCAGCGGUCAGAGCCUCCCCUGCCCCCCGGGGGGCAGGAGCUCCUGGAGUUGCUGCUGAGAGUUCAGGGUGGGGGUCGAAUGGAGGAACAAAGGUCUCAGCCCCCCACUCACACCUGCUGAGACUUGAGCCCCGCCGGCCCCCCCGCCCCACC